ACUAUUUCCGGUUAUGAAAUGAAAGUAGGCUAAGAAUGCGUCAUCUUAUGUUUGACGUAAUGGACAGGUAAUUACAAAUAUGUGUUGAAUCAGAAUAGUUAUUGCAAUACACUAGUGGCUCGUCAUCAUUGAGAGCGAAGACAGGUAUCAACAAACUUGUUUAUGAUGGGAUGCAUGUUUCAGUACGGCAACAGUGGAAAGCCUUUACAGACAUGUAUUUAAUAUAAUCUAUUUGAAUAGUUUAUAUUACAGAUAAUGUAACUUGCUGAUAUGUAGCCAGAGUGGAACAGAAGUUUUUCUAAUGAUGAAUAUAAAGUCUCUGAACAACUGUCUGUAAUGAAUCAUGCUCAGGAAAUGUUUUCUGCUCUUAUCAAACCAUUCACUGGAAGGUCAAACAACGCAGGAAGACGCGAGACAAUAAACCCUCCCGAAAGGGGACUGACACAAGACAGCGAACAAGACGGUUUUCUAGUGGUUGGACAGAGCCGCAGUGAGAGGACAACAGUAAGAACUUGUGAUUUCAUUGGAAAUGUAAACUCUCCUCCUGAUUACCAAAGUGUGACUCAGAAUCAAAAUAUUGCAGAUGUCAGUGACAAUCUUCCGUCCUAUACCCAGUACUGUCGAUCUUUGUCUACCUCAUCAAGCAUGAGUAUGGAAACGUCCCAGUAUACAAACUAUCAGAAUACUGCAUCAACUGAUUACAUGGAAGAUCAGUAUGACACACAUGGACAUAAGACCGCCGUUUCAGAUGUCCCGUUCGUAUUGAAUCCUCAAAUCCAAACUGUGGUUGACAUUAUACAUGGUCGUACACCUUCCUUAGACCACCAUCAGAUUAACCUUUCCCAGUACACAUAUGACUUCAGUCUGGAGAACUCCACAGUGAAUGAAGCAGAAAGGUUUUAGUAGUAGUUGAAAUGUGAACUUUUUAUUUUUACGAUUGCAAAACUAGUUAUAUCAACUUAAUCACUCUGACUGGGAUGGAAGUAUAAGAUGUGUUUCAUUGUACGAGGAAACUGGAGUGUCCGGUGAUAGCCUAUGUGGUCAGGCAGGUGACCCCAUAUAACGUCCAGUUAGGGAAUCCAACAUCAGGUGGAAGUCAAAUGGAUUACCACUGCAUCACCUGACCACCUUUUUUCUGUAAUAUCUCACUCAUCUUAACUAUUAAUUAUUAUAAUUGAUAAUCAUUAUAUAACGUAUGGCAUUGCAAAAGUUAACAAAAAAAAAUCACAUUGAAACUUUUCUCUGCCUCUUCAUGUUUUUGUGAAUGUGCAGUGAAAAUGUCAAAUACAGAGUCACUUCCUUAUUUAUAUAUAUAUUAUACAUGUAUAUUUAAAUCAUUAUUUAUAAACAGAGGUGUAUUAUAAAUAUCCCUUUUGUAUGUAUAUUGGAUCCUGUAAGGUUUAUUUAGAAACGCUUGUGUAUCAUAUAGAUCAGAGAUAAGAGUUAACACGAUUUCUGUAGCGAUUUUCUGAGAUAACAGGCCAGGACCAAGAUGAAUAGAAUUAAUGAUGUAAAUGGUUUCUAUAUUUCUUGUAUUUCUGAGUGAUAAGCUGAAUUUCCUUCCUUAGUUUGAAUAAAGUUUCGGUUAUCAAAAUGGAACUUAAUGGAAAAUAUGAUUUUUUCCCCAAGUAAAAGUUAUAAUCUUCACAUUAAUACGGUAGUUUUACUCUCAUGAUAAACCAAAUUUCGUCUAGUAUUAAAUCCUAAAAAUUCUUAAUUCACCCCGAAGUAUCACUAAUUACUGCAAAGACAGAUGGUAUUUGUGUAUUGUCAUUGUUCUGUACAUUUCAGCGUUGAUUUCAUUACUAGGAGGCACAAACACUCAUAUAAUCCUUGUUCAACAUAGAUUUCAUCAAUAUAAAUUUUGUAUGUUUCUGCUGCCCAAACUAAGGAAUGCCUUUUUAAUUGCUAACAUAAAAAUGUGACAUAGCCAAUGGUAUUGCUUUAACCUCCCAAUGGUACAUCUGUAUUGGUAUUAUCAUAGAUAAUAUUAAAAUGGUUGUUCAAUAAUAAGUUUA